CCGGGGGGUCGGAGGCGCCCGCAGGCCGAGGGCAGGGCGAUGUGACCGCGCAGCCGUCUGCAGCGUGCGGAGACGCGUUGUUGCAAGCGUCGUGGGAAUUCAGCCCCAGCGAGGGGCGUGGCGGUGGCGUGGGGCUCAGGCCGCGCGUGGUCUGCUUCGGGCACUCUGUUGCCAAAUCCUGUCAAGUCCACCCCCGGGAUAAUCCUUGUCUGCUAGCGCAGGGGAGCGGACGCGGCGAAAAUAAGUAACGCGCCGAAGUUGCUCGGCCAGUGGUUGGGUGCGGUAUUACAGCUCGGGAUAAACACCGGGCGCUGACCCGGCGUGGGGCUCGGCGGUGCGUUGGCCCUGGCGAUGUGCCACGAGCCCGCAGCAGGGAAACCCCACGGGCACCUUCCGGCCUCUCCUUAAAGCCACCAGAAGCAAGCGGGGGCGAUGAGGCCACCGGUGCUUUUGGAAUACUUUGGUGAUGUUCAGAGGCCUUGCUACAGAAACUGUAAAUGUUGAAAACCAUCCCAAGGCGACACUGAAUUUGAAGGCUGACAGGACUCCCUCGUUCAUGGCUUGGCCCAAGCAGUCAUAGGGUGAACCGUCGACUUCGGCAGGCACAGACGUGAUUUCGUGAACACCGGCCGUGAGCCGAGGUCCUCGCACAGGCACUACUGCUCAGAAGGAAGAUUCAUAUGAAUUGUACAAAAGGAAGCCAUAUUUUCUUGAAUGUAGCAAAUGUAGCUUAAGUAGAUAUUUCAGACACCACCAGGAUAAUGGUACUUUUAGAGGGGUAUUAUUUCUGCAGCUGUUUUGCAAAAAAAAAAAAACCCACACAAAAAAAAAAAAACCACAACAAAUUUGACAUUAACAUGUUAGGAAGGAAAAUGCAAGGUGAAGAUUACUAGGUUCUCAAGACAGGCAGUAGGGUGGCAAACUGUUGAAGUGCUGGCCAAAGUAUCUAGUACAGAAAGUGAAUAAUUCUCACAUUCACAUUUUGAGAACUGAUACCACUUUUCUCUGCCUGAGGUGAGGAAAUAUGUAUACCACGCGAUAUUAUGUGGGUCAAGUAAGCACUCCUGGUAUUUCAAACCAAACCUGUCUUAACGAGAUGCCAUGCAGAGCUCCACUGCUCGCUCUUUAGUAAUAAACUCCGGUGUUCAAAGACAGUCUGAAAAGUGGCAGGGAUUUCCAAGGGUUGAAGGUCUCUUGUGCUGACAGCACAAAACUGUGAGGCUGUAGCUGAGGGCAGAGCAAUAGGAAUACCAUUUCUUGACCAUAUGUUUUAAAAAAUAGCUACUGUGUAACAUGUUAAACAGAGCCUACAUUAUAAUGACAAGAAAUGCGGAAGGACUUUCAUAGAUAUGUUUGAAUCAGCUGACAACUACUGAAGUGAUCUUAAAAUCCACGUUGCAAUUAUGGCUGGAAGUUUAAAAUGAUGCUAACACCUCUUCAAUAAAAUUGAACUCUCAGGAGAGUGAUUUCACCUGCCUUUGGGUUUUAGAUCAUUCUAUGCAUUAUAAAUCACUCCUCCACAAAACUGCGUAUAGGAUAAGCUCUUCUAGUAAAUCUCCCCCUUAACUAUUGCAGGUCAUCACUAGAAAAAAAUGUGGCAUUUGAAAGUAUAAUGCAUAAGGUGUUUUGGUAUCCUGGGUUAUAUAAUUCUAAACUUGGCUGUGUGGGGAGGAAUAUGCAGCAAUAUCAGUUUAUUGCUUGAAGAAUCCAUUUUAAAAUGUUUGCACAUAGGCUUUUAAUCAGCUCCCUCUAUUUCAAGAAAAUACCUGUCAAAUCUGAAAGGCCAGAGACCUUCAGGACUUGUCUUCCACAAGCCUCGUUCAAUCAAGACCCUUGUGCACUACAGAUCCCCUGGAUGUUAAGUUUUGUAAGGACUGUUUACUGGGGAAUAAAACCUUUCCCCCAUGGCACUAAAUGACCAAAUGCAAGUGCAUUUGUCUCUCUGGGUGCCUCUGGUUUUAUAGGAGCAGAGAUGGGUUCUUCAGGUGAAAGGGCAAUGGCUCACCCUUGAAAUAAUACUUGAUCACAUACCUAUUUUCUGUCCUUCAAUGUAAGACUGCUUUUGUCAUUUAAAGGGUUUCCUUUCUUCAAAGGCAGGCUAAAGGUGGCAACUUGCUUUCUCUGGAUGUAAACCUUAAAUCCAAGUGUGCUGGUGGAUGGAUUGUCUGAGAUGACAGAAUUUAUAUCCAGUGGUUAAAACCUGCUGCUUUCUUUCCUCUCAUAGACACAAUGAAAUAGCUUUUGUUCAGAUACACAGCAUGGUAAUUCCAUGGGAAAAUACCUGAGUAUUUUCAAGCACUUCACACCAGCAUUUCUUGUAGUUGGCAGAGGUUGGGGUAUGGAUUCAAGACCAGUUAGUGACUGGCCGUAGCUACAAUACUCCUGUUGCUGAAUUAUUUUUUAUUGUGUUCCUCUUGUCCUAGUCUGACACUUGCCUGCAAGUGCCAUUGAUUAAGGAGAUGAGUGACUUUGCCUGGUGUAUUGAUCAGAAUAAAUUACCAGCAGCUAAUUUAUGGACCUCACAAAAGUGCUUUUGACAUGGUGAAUUGUGCUCUGUUGUUCAGUGAAAAAGGUUUAGAGAGACAUGGAGCUUGAAAGAAUCAUUCAAGACACACUGACACGCUUCAUCCAGUCCCACAUGCCUACAGCAGACCUCAGUGGGAUGGAUGAUGUUUUCUUCUCUUAUAUCACUGGUGUCCUGGAAGAGCUGGGCUCACCAGAGUCCUCUGAGGAGACUUUUGACAUGGACACCUUUGUGGAAAUGAUGGAGGCGUAUAUCCCUGGUUUUGCAGAAAUCCACAGUGAGGAUGUUUGUGAAAUGAUGUUCUCCCUCUCAGAAAGGCUUGGUGAGGCUCGUAACAAAGAAAAACCUACCCAAAAGACUGUGGAAAGUGGGAGUGAAGCACCCUCUGCAGACCUGACCAAGGGCCGGGAGCCUGGAGCUGGAGCCUGCAAUGGGGAAAGGCUGUACACUCCAACAGACGGAGCCAGGGCCCAGGAAGGCGAUGACCUGAAGGAUGGGGUGGAGCUGCUACUGGAGAUGUUCCCAGCCUGUACCAUGAGCCAGGCAGAGAAGGCACUUGCCAUGGCCUUGGGGAACUUGGAGGAGGCAGUGCAAUUAAUUGUGGAGGAGAAGGUGGAAAUUGGCCCAGCAGGUGUGAGUGUGAAGGAACUGGCACGGCCCCGCAGGGCACCCAACCACGAGGAACUAAAACAAGUUAUCCUACAGAAAUACAUGAUGGUGGAUAGUGCAGAGGAUCAGAAAACACAUCGGCCAGCUCCACCCAAAGAGGCUCCCAAGAAGUUGAUCCGCUAUAUCGAUAACCAGGUGGUGAGUACAAAGGGAGAGAGGUACAAAGACAUCAAGAAGCCUGAGAGCGAGGAGAUGAAGAGAACCUACAUCAGCCUCAAACCAGCCAGGAAGUAUAAGUUCCACUGACAGCCAGGUCCUCCUGUUCUUCAGCCACCACCUUGCUGGCCAGGCAUGGCAGGAUGGACAUGUGGCAACUAGAGAUGAGGGGACUCCUCCACCUGCCACUAACUGGAACUAACAUGGGAGCCAGGACACUGCUUUCAGCUUCCUUGACUAACCCAGCUGACAAGGAGGAUACUUCUCCCCUUGUGUAGCUGUCCCUCUGCGCCCAGGGGCACACCAUAGUGGCUCUCCAGGGCCUGGGCAUUCUCUGCUAUUCCUUGCAUGGGACAUUUUUAGAUCAAAGAUGUGGCUUGUGCUUUUGCAGCAAGCUUUUUACAAGUCUGUGUGCACUGUUGCUUUAAAUUGAGUGCCAGUGUUAAUAAAGAUGAUACGAGUUGGUGUGCA